AUGGCCUCAAAAGACGGCAAGCGCGCGCCUCCUACGGCCGCGACCAACCUGAUUGCUGGUGGUGGUGCUGGUAUGAUGGAGGCUCUGGUUUGCCAUCCUCUUGACACCAUCAAGGUGCGCAUGCAGCUGUCCAAGCGCGGCAGGCAACCGGGUGAGGCCAGGCGCGGCUUCAUUCGCACUGGUGUCGACAUUGUGAAGAAGGAGGGUCCUCUCGCCCUUUACAAGGGUCUGGGUGCUGUCGUUACUGGCAUCAUCCCCAAGAUGGCCAUCCGUUUCACCUCAUUCGAGUGGUACAAGCAACUGCUCCGCAACAAGGAGACCGGCGUUAUCUCCGGCCAGGGUCUUUUCUUCGCCGGUCUGUCUGCUGGUGUGACUGAGGCCGUCCUCGUCGUCACCCCUAUGGAGGUCGUCAAGAUCCGUCUACAGGCGCAGAACCACAGCAUGGCGGACCCGCUCGACGUUCCUAAGUACCGCAACGCCGCCCAUGCCCUCUACACCGUCGUUCGCGAGGAGGGCAUCGGCGCCCUGUACCGCGGUGUCUCCCUGACCGCCCUGCGCCAGGGCAGCAACCAGGCCGUCAACUUCACGGCCUACACCUACUUCAAGCAGUGGCUGUACCAGUGGCAGCCCCAGUACGAGGGCGGCAACCUGCCCAGUUACCAGACCACCUUCAUCGGUCUCGUCUCCGGUGCCAUGGGCCCGCUCAGCAACGCCCCGAUCGACACCAUCAAGACCCGUCUGCAGAAGAUGCCCGCUGAGCCGGGCACCACUGCCCUGCAACGCAUCUCCCGGAUCGCGGGAGACAUGUUCAGGCAAGAGGGUGUCCACGCCUUCUACAAGGGCAUCACCCCCCGUAUCAUGCGUGUCGCCCCUGGCCAAGCCGUCACUUUCACUGUCUACGAGUUCUUGAGGGAGAGGCUUGAGAGGAGCGGUCCAGCCAUGUUUUCCGCGGGAAGAAACCGCGAAAAGGAGUUCGACAGCAUGAAGGCCAAAGCUGCUUAA